AUGGGCUUCACCGAUCUCCUCACUGAUGCUGGCCUUGGCCUCCUGAACAACUGGCUGGUCACCCGCUCCUACAUCACUGGCUACAACGCCAGCCAGGCCGACGUCGCCUGCUUCAAGGCCCUCAAGUCCGCCCCCGACGCCGAGAAGUACCCCAACGCCGCCCGCUGGUACCAGCACAUCGCCACCUACGAGGACGAGUUCAGCAGCCUGUCCGGCGAUGCCACCAAGCCCUACACCGUCUACGGCCCUACCGAGGCUGAGGUCACCCUGAACCCCGCCAAGGCCCCCGCCGCCGCUGAGGAGGACGACGACGUCGACCUGUUCGGCAGCGACGACGAGGAGGAGGACGCCGAGGCCGUCCGCAUCCGCGAGGAGCGCCUGGCCGCUUACCGCGAGAAGAAGGCCGCCAAGCCCAAGAUCGCUGCCAAGUCCAUUGUCACCAUGGACGUCAAGCCUUGGGACGACGAGACCGACAUGGCCGAGCUCGAGGCCUCCGUCCGUAGCAUCGAGAAGGACGGCCUGGUGUGGGGUGCCUCCAAGCUGGUCGCUCUCGGCUUCGGCAUCAAGAAGCUGCAGAUCAACCUGGUUGUCGAGGACGAGAAGGUCUCCCUGGACGAGCUCCAGGAGCAGAUCCAGGAGUUCGAGGACUACGUCCAGUCCACCGAUAUCGCCGCCAUGCAGAAGCUGUAA